AUGGAAAACAAGGAAGAACAACUCCAACUUGAAGUCACAAUUGUAGAAUUAUCAUCUGAUUCUACUUUGUCCCAAUUGUUAGGGUUUCAGAUUAAAUCAAACCAUGCAACAAUUACAACAACCUCAUAUGAAAUAUGCAAAGGGUUGAAUCCAAUCAAUGAAUCCCAUUUAAUUUCUCUAGAAAAUAGAUCUAAUGACUUGAACUACAAUAAAUUGGAGCUCAUCCUUCUUUUGAACAAUGAGGUUGCAGGAAGAGUAUAAUCUAAUUUAACCCGAUUAAUAAAUUCUAAAUUUGAGCUUCAAUAUGAUAAUGAUCCAUAAGCGGAGAUUGAGGAAGAAGUAUUCUUAAAUGACAAUCAAAUAUCCAAUCUAAAAGUUAAGUUAAGACUAAAAGUCCUAAAUCCAAAUGAAGAAUUUUCAUAAAGAACAACCAUUAAUACAGCAUCUUCUGAAAAUUAAUAUGAGCAAAACCUAGUUCUAUCUCAGAUGAGAGAAGAAAUUGAACUUUGGAAAUCCAAAUAUACCAAUAUUGUGAAAGAAUUAGAUUCAUUAGGAGAUGAAUUAUUGGCUUUGUCGAUUAAAGAAAAAGGAAACUUAUAUUCAUACUUAACUACGGAGAUCAAUAUAUUUAGAAAAAUAAUGAAAUCUAAAUUGCAGCAUUUCCUCUAAAUACACGAUAAUUAAGUGGAUCAAAUAUAUUUAUUGAAAAAAGAACUCAAUUCUUACAGAUCUAAAUUAUGUUGCAAAUGUUCAGAACCCUUUUUGAAAAAUAGUUCUUAGAGCCUGUCAGAAAAAAUUCAAUACCUCUCCUCAAUAAUAGACAAAAAAUAAACAGAAUACAUGUAAUUAAUGAAAUCAUUAGAGGUAGAGAAGUAAGAAUAGAAAACCUUAUAAAACACUAUUAAAAUCUUAAAUCAACAACAAUCUCAACUAAGACAAGCCUUGGCUAAGUCGAAGAAGUAAAUCGAAGACAUCCUCAAACUCUAAGCUUAAUAAGAACUAGAAAAUUAAUAGUUACAUAAAGAUCUCACAACUAAGACUUAAAUCAUGAUUUAAUUAAAUAAACGACAUUUAGAAUUGGAGAAAUAAAACUCAAAAAUGAAUUCUGAUUUCACAGAAAUCAUAAAUCUAUAAAAAUAAUGGAGUCUAUCUAUACUCAAAUCAUUUGAAAAUGAAUCUUCUGAAAAAUAACAAUUAGUAGAUGCCCUAAGUGAAUUGAACAUCUUAGUAAAAUCUCUUACUUCUAAAGAGAACUCAAGUUCAGAUUCAAAAUAAGUUAAGGAAUGUCAAUGCAAAAUUGAACAAUAUAUUCACGAUUUUCAUUUAUAAGUAACUUAAUUAGAGCAAUUGCUAAAUCAAUAUAGAAUCAAAUUCCUAAAUUAAAACACAACAUCCAUUUCUAGAAACACAGAUGAAUAAUUUAAAUUUACAUUAUAAUUACCUUUGGAAAAUUUAAAUGAAUAAGGGAUCAAAGAUGCAGAAAUAUCAAAAUAUUUGAAUUACCAAAUGGAAUAAUAUGUUUAAAAUCUGAUUCAAUAGAAAGACGAUGAGAUAACUAAAUUAAAGCAAACAAUAGGCGAUAUGCUCAACCUUGCUUUAGAAUUAGGCAAUUCAGUGUUAAUCGAGUAAAUGUAACUCACAGUAAUGUGA